UAAAAUGAUGAACAACAAUGUGACAGAACAAUACAGUUUUGGAAGAGCUAAAAAUGGCAAGUAAAUUCGUCUGUCUGCUUUUGCUGGUCUGCGCGUCGUAUACUGCUGCACAAGACAGUAGCGACAACAGCACCAGUAGCAGCAAUGACAGCAGCCAAAACUUGUCCGAACCAUGCUCUACCGAUGACUUGGACUGUAUUCGCCAGUACUUCAUGAGCAAUGAACGCUGUCGCCCAAGCAGCCAUGAGGAUGGUGACGCUAUCCAUAAGGACGUGCAAGUGUCUUAUAUUCCAAAAAUCAACGUGACUGUCAUCUCGCUUGAUGAUUACAUCACCUUCUACGGCUCCACGAUUAAAAAGUUUUACAUAAACAACGACAGUAACAACCUGGUGAUAUCAAUCGACUUCGAAGGCAUCAACCUCAACUCCCAACGCUGCACCUUCGCCAUUAACCAGAGGGGCGAAGAGCCGAAGCUGGUUGAAGAUUACGUCAACGCCACUUACUCUGCCGAAAUAACUGCUGUAAUUUCUGGACGUGGCAAAGAAAUAAGGUCAGCUGAAGUCAGCGGCUACAGCACCAACGCCUACCCACCGUUCGAACUUGGACCCAAAAUCUCGGAGAGUUCAGAUGAGGUGGUCCAAGCUAUGUACCAGGAGUUGGUGUCAGACAUUCCUACAGCAGUUCAGGAGCUUCUCCUGACCAAAGCUUCAUACUUCUUCUACGUCUACCUGCAAUCUUACAUUUGCGACUACGACAUCGAGUACACUGGACAGAUGAUACCGAGAGUUUGGGUAAGGAAGAUUUCCCGAGAGGAAAUUGACCUAGUAAAGCAUAAGAGGAGGCCUAUAAAUACUACUGAAAAAGAUAUCUUAUACAUAAGAUCCAAGGAUUUUGUAGAAGAAUCUAAAAUGGAGUCGAAAAUAUUUUUUCUUAUCCUUCUGAUUGGUUUGGUGUACGCUGUUAAUGGAGAAGAUAACUUCUAUUACCCAUGCGGAUCCCAAAGCAGCUUAAACUGCAUCAGAAACUACUUCGCAAAGACCAGACGAUGCCAUAGAACCGGUCACCAGGAUGGAGUGGCAAUCUCAAGACAGGCUCAUUUCAAGAUGUACGCUCCUAUCGCCAACCUAACUGCUUCUUCUGAAGCUGACGUCAUCACCUACUAUGGAUCUGAAGUGACAUCUUUCUAUGUGGACAGAGACACUAGCAACUUGGUGUUGUCUGUAAACUUCGAGGGCGUCAACAAGUACACUCCUGUCAUGGACUUCAUCGUUAGCCAGAGAGGGAGGGAGCCAGUAGUGGCCUCUGACUACCUUAAUGUAACCUAUGUCGUAGAACUUACUGGAGUGAUUCCUUCUAAGGGGCUUUUGGGGCUUAGGGGUUCGUCCGUGACAUCCUACAACAUCAACCCUUACCCAUCUUUUGCCGUCGGAUCUAACAUUCAAGAGAGCUCAGACCCAGCCAUUGCCGCAAUGUUCGAAGCUUUAGUCAAUAACAUACCCACUGCAGUACAGGAGUUGCUUUUGACCAAAGGCCCAAUGUUCUACUACGUGUUCCUUCAGCAUUACAUUUGUGACUUUGGGUUUGAAUACUCUGGAGAAUUAGUAUAAUUUUU